AUGACAUCAGACUAAAACCUUGAUUAUUUUACAACAGAUUUGUAUGUUAUGGGUGAUAAUAAAGAGACUUAAUGUGGUAUUGAUAACUAGGAUUAUGUAUAUAAAUUAACAAAAAUUAAUCUGCCAAUGGUAAUAAGAGAAAUAGCAUGCGGAUUGGAACAUAGUUUAUUAGUGACAAGUAAUAUAGAUAUCAUUCAUAUUUCAGAUGAAGGGUUGGUUUAUGCUUUUGGUUCAAAUUCGAAGGGAUAAUUAGGGGUGCAAAAUAUUUCUGUUGCAUGUUCUCCCAUUUUAGUUUAGGGAAUAAGCGAAUUGAAUUGCAUAAAGAUAGCAGCUGGAGAAUACCAUUCUUGCUUGUUGACAGGUAUAAAUCAUGCAUUAAUAAAGAGAUGAAAACCAAGCUUAUUAGUGGGGAAAUAAUAUUGUUAAACCCUAAUUCAUAAGAUAGGCUUCCAAUAUUAAAUGUGGUUUGAAUUUCACAAUCUUUUAAGACGAUUCCCUAUAUCUAUAUAAAAACUAAGUCUUAUAGCCUUUGAAAAUAAAAUCCUAAAUCUCAGAAUUUGCUUGUUCUGCAUAUAACUUGUUUUAUUUGGAUAAUAAUAAUACUUUAUAUUUGCAUCCAGAAACCAAGUUAAUCGAUCACGUAUUUAAUAUAUUUAGUGGUUACCAUCUAUCAUUAUUGACAGAUGAAAAUAAGUUGUAUUAUUAUUUAGAUAAACAAUUAAUUUAAGUUAAUGUCUAACCUAAUAAAAUAGAUAGUUCAUUUGGAAAAGAGUGGGCCAUUGUUUUGGAUGAUAAUAAUAAAGCUAUUAUAAUAAACUUAAAAAAUUAACAAUAAAAGUAAUAAGAAUUUGUGUUUCAUUCAAUAAGUAGUGGUGUAAAUCAUCUUAUCUUGAUUGGGAAUAUUACAAAAGGGUAGAUAUAGAAUCAAGAGUUAGAGGAAUCGGUAUAGAUUGGGGAAGAUGAAGAAGAGGAUGAUUCUAUUUUGGAAGGAGAUGGCAUGAGUCCAAUUAUCACCCAAAAAACCUAAUAAGAUGUAAAUUGUAGAAUAAUCCAUAGUAACUUAUGAAUACUUAGUAAAAUAAUACUUUUUCAUUUUCGAUUAGGAAGGACCUCUAAUUGUUUAAUAGCAUUAAAGCAAAUCAUAAAGAGACAUAGACUGAUGAUAAUUUAUACAAUAAAUUGAAAAAUGAAAAUGAAGAAUUAAGAACAAUACUGUUACAACAAAGAAAGAAUUUAGAGAUAUAAAUCUAAUUUUAAAAGACAUUACAAGAUUAGAUGAGUCGAUUAACAUAAGAAAAUCACAUGCUGAAAUUAGGAUAAAAUAAAAAUCAGUUGUUGAACUUGAUCAAAUAGAAGGAGCAAAACCUAAAAAAUUUGAUUGAUGAAUUUUACUAAAAGUAAAGGGAAUUCCUAUAGAAUAAGAAAUGA